CAAAAAGUAUGUGAACUGUGAAUAUAAACCACCGACGUACCCUGGUGGUAGCACAUUCGCCUUUCAGACCCGUCGACACAGACUCCACGCGUUUCAAAGAAACAACCAUUCUCCUUACUGUCAACAUGGCUGGGAAGAAAACGAGUUCAGCGCCAGGGUUUGAUCCUGACUACUUCGUGUUGCCUCACCCAGUGUACAUCAUUGCCGUCCCACUACUUCUCUUCAUCUUAGCUAUGGCGAAUCUGGCACCAAAUGACAUCCCGUGGUAUUUCGGUCCCCUGGUGACUUUUGGAGAGUAUUUGGCAACACAACACCCUGUCUUCACAUUUCGUUUCGGUGUGUUUGUUUUAAUUGUGCAUACUUUGGAAGGUGUGCUUUUCUGGAAAAUAUGCAGUAAUCGCGGCUUUAACGCAGGAGCAACCGUCAAAUGGACGAUAUCUGGCUUCGUCUACGGGUUGUGCUCCCUGUACAGACUCUGGCCUGUGAAGCCUCCUAACAAAACUGAGUAGUACCUAAAUCAGAAUUAUUUGCUUAGGCCUAUUUUUUAAAUAAUCAAAACGUGAAUGUUUUCAGUACUCCAAAUACGAUUGUAGAGUCCUGUAUACGUGGUAAAAAUGUGUGAUCUGUAAAAUGGUGGCAGGGUAUGAGUUAUGUUUGAUUUUUUUUCCCUGACUAAUUUGUGAAAACUUCGCCUUUGUCAUGUGUUCCUUGUCACUUCUUGGUGUGUGUUAAGAGAAGCUACACAAAAACCUGCUGUGCUGCAGCAGUCAGCAAUAGUGUGCUCCUAGACUGUGACCUGCAU